UCUAAGGAUCGACAUCACUGAAGCACGGAUAAAAUUACUGCAUUUUCGAAAGCGACUCUAACAAACGUGCCUUGAAAAUACAAAAGCUUUUGGUAGCUAAACAACAUUUUAUCAUGGCUCCACGUCACCAAGAUGGCACGACUUCAAAGAGUUCUGCAUUUGUAUUCUACUUAUCGGUUGGUGCAGUUACAAUUUUAGGGAUGUUGGCGAUAGCACUGACCGGUACAUGGACAGUGAAAUAUCUCGGUGGAUUCGCUUGGGAUGGGACAGCUCACGAGUUUAACUACCAUCCUCUUUGUAUGGUCAUUAGUUUGGUAUUUCUUUAUAGCGAGGCCAUAAUUAUGUUCAGAGUCUUCCGUCAUCGAAACAAGUUCUAUGUUAAGCUGGUUCAUUUUGGUCUUCAGUUGGUGGCUUUUGGAGUCGCAGUCUGGGGUGUCAAGGCUGUGUUUGAUUUCCACAACUUCAAAGGAUUUGCCAAUCUCUACAGCCUUCAUAGCUGGUCUGGAUUAGCUACCGUCAUCCUCUUUGGUUGUCAGCUUCUGGUUGGUUUUGUAAGCUUUCUGUUUCCUAAGCUGCCUGAUGGUCCUCGUGCAGUGUACGUUAAAGUACAUGUGUUCUUUGGCGUGUUUAUCUUUAUGAUGGCCAUCGGCACUUGCCUAUUAGGAGUGAUUGAAAAGCUUUCUUUCAACCAGAACUACUCAAAACUACCUUCUGUUGGAAAGUUGGGUAAUUCUUUGGGUAUCACACUGAUCCUCCUAGCUGGCACAGUAAUGUUUGUGGUGACAAACUCAGCAUUCAAGGUGGUAAAUACAGAUGAAGAGCGAGAGUCCUUGAUAAGUGAGCGCAUCUAGAAGGUGCCCGAUGUCUUUAGGUGCCCAAUUUCUGCAACAUACCAGCAAGCUGGCAUCUAGCCUCACACAGACAUCACAGCGCACUUAGAUGGUGCCAAAUGUCUGCAACAUACCAACAAGCUGUCAUCCUGUCUCCAACAGAUAUCAAAGCGCACUCAGAUGGUGCCCAAUGUCUGCAGUAAACAAACAAGGUGGUAUUCAGUCUGACACAGACAUUAUAGCGCACUUAGAAGGUGCCCAAUGUCUGCAAAAUAGCAACAUGCUGGUAAACAGUCUCUACAGACAUCAAAGCGCACUGAAAAGGUGCCCAAUGUCUGCAACAUACCAACAACUUGGCGUCCAGUCUGAUGCAGACAUCAUAGCGCAUUAAGAAGGUGCCCAAUGUCUGCAAUGUACCAACAAACUGGCAUUUAGUCUCACAUAGACAUCAUGGCGCAAUUGGAUUGUGCCCUAUUUCUCCAACGUACCAAAAAUAUGAUAUUUAGUAUCACACAGACAUCAUAGUGCACUUGGAUGGUGCCCACUGUCUGCAAUGUACCAACAAGCCGGCAUUUAGUAUCACACAGACAUCAUAGCGCAUUUAGAAGGUGCCCAAUGUCUGCAACGCAUCAAUAAGCUGACAUUUUGUCAUACACAGAAAUCAUUGCGCAAUUAGAUGAUGUCCAAUCAUGGGGUAGAAUGGGUGGACAUCAUGAAUUAUUCAUAACCAAAUUUGAAGGCGACCUUGCUUUGAAGAGCCCUUAAUUAGAGGCGAAUGGGCCAAAACUGGCCAACAAGGCUUCGUAAAACUCACCUUUCUGAGAUUUGGAAGUUUUUGCUUCUAAAUCAACGCACGGCGUUUAGAAGAUUAAAGGUGUAUCUACAAUUUGCACCCAAAAUAAACGAUUUUUACGAAGUAGAAGUAUUAUUCUUUUGAACUUGAAAAUACACCAAAUUCGGGUA